AUUGUUGUGUUGUAUGGGCGGCACGGCAUAGCGCAUAGCCAACUGUUGGAGAUAAAACUGACGGAUAUGCUACACCAGUGCUGAGUGCUGACAGUAGUGUAGUCUUGCCCGAUCAAUGGAUACAAUACAACUACCCCAGUAGCUGAGUGAUCGAGUGUAGCGUGUGGCUGUGGACGCCCCCCUUCUCGUUCUUCGUCCGGCGCGAACGGAGGCCGCCGCUCCUUGCCGCCGCAGCACCAGCAUUGCGACGCCCGCGAGGUCCGCCAAGAACGCAGGCCGCCUGUUCUGCUCGUUUGGUGCGCGUUGAUGCUGCUAAUAAAAAGGCCUAGUUUCUUGACGGGACUACGGGAGGCAUUAUUUUCUGGCGAUAGUAUAAAUGCGGGCGAAAUCGAUCUCUUCGUCCGGUGAGGAGGAUCCGCUUUCCUGGCGUUCAUUGAUGGAGGAUUAAUGCCACUGCCGACUCGCCCGUUCAGUAGCACAGUGUACUGCUGCUGCUUCGGUGGUUGGGAGGACAGGAGAGGCUCUGCAAGUCUUUGCCCCGUCCUCACCAGAUCACCGCUCAAUUUCUUGCUCCAUUGACACAGGAGAAACUCUGUUUGUGGUUUGUAGUUGUUGCAGUCCAGCUCCAGAGAAGAGGAGCCUCGCUAGUCUCACCGGAGCCUCGCAAGUUUCUGAGGUGUUUUCCCCCUUCCUUCCCUCCCAGUAGUUUUUUCAUUACUUGGGGAUUUGGAACAACUGGCAGUGUUCUGAAGCUGGUGACAUUUGUUGAAUGGUGCGGAAAGAGAGACAGUGUUAUGUGUGAAGGCUAGGCUCUCACCGAGCGAGCGAUGGAUCUUGAGUUCGGGAGAGCCCUGAGAUCCCCAAAGAGGGACUCAUGGAAGACCACCUUGCUGCUGGCCUACCAGAGCUUGGGGGUGGUCUAUGGAGACCUCAGCAUAUCUCCGCUGUACGUGUACUCGAGCACCUUCGCCGAGGACAUCCAGCACUCGGACACGAACGAGGAGAUCUUUGGCGUGCUCUCCUUCGUCUUCUGGACGCUCACCUUGAUCCCUCUCAUCAAGUACGUCUCCGUUGUCCUACGAGCUGACGACAAUGGCGAGGGAGGAACGUUUGCCCUGUACUCUCUGAUUUGCAGGCACGCCAAUGUGAGCCUUCUCCCGAACCGGCAGAUUGCUGAUGAGGAGCUUUCCACCUAUAAACUGGAAUGCCCUCCUGAAAUAACCGACAAGUCCCGGAUCAAAGUGUGGCUUGAGAAGCACAGGAAGCUGCGCGUUGCUCUACUGAUCAUGGUUAUGAUUGGCACAUGCAUGGUUAUCGGGGAUGGCGUUCUCACGCCAGCAAUAUCUGUGUUCUCAGCAGUUUCAGGCCUUGAGUUUUCUCUGUCCAAGGAUCACCAUGAAUAUGCUGUCAUUCCAAUAACCUGUGUCAUAUUAGCAUUCCUAUUUGCCCUCCAACACUAUGGUACACACCGGGUUGGAUUCCUCUUUGCCCCGAUAGUUCUAGCCUGGCUAUUCUGCAUGAGUGCUCUUGGCCUUUAUAAUAUCAUCCACUGGAAUCCUCACAUCUACAAAGCUCUAAAUCCUUCUCAUAUGUUCAAGUUCUUAAAAAAGACUAGAAAGUAUGGUUGGAUGUCACUUGGUGGAAUCUUGCUCUGCAUGACAGGGUCGGAAGCAAUGUUUGCAGAUCUUGGACACUUCUCAUACAGUGCAAUCCAGCUUGCUUUCACUUGUCUAGUUUACCCCGCACUGAUUCUGGCAUAUAUGGGCCAAGCUGCUUACUUAUCAAGACAUCAUGACUUUUACUCUGGUUCAAAAGUUGGAUUUUACAUCGCAGUUCCAGAUAAGAUCAGAUGGCCAGUGCUCAUAUUGGCAAUCUUGGCUUCGGUAGUUGGAAGUCAAGCGAUCAUCAGCGGAACAUUCUCAAUCAUCAAUCAGAGCCAGUCCCUGAGCUGCUUUCCUCGAGUAAAAGUUGUACACACAUCUGAGAAAAUUCAUGGCCAAAUAUACAUUCCUGAGAUCAAUUGGUUGCUCAUGAUCCUCUGCAUUGCUGUGACCGUUGGAUUUAGGGACACCAAACACAUGGGAAAUGCAUCUGGUUUGGCUGUGAUCACAGUGAUGCUGGUGACCACGUUCCUGACGUCCUUGGUCAUCGUUCUGUGCUGGCACAGGCCACCGCUGCUGGCAUUGGCUUUCCUCCUGUUCUUUGGAUCCAUCGAGGCGCUCUACUUCUCUGCGUCCCUGAUCAAGUUCCUGGAAGGCGCGUGGCUGCCCAUCCUGCUGGCGCUGAUCCUGAUGGCGGUCAUGCUCAUCUGGCACUACACCACCAUCAAGAAGUACGAGUUCGACCUGCACAACAAGGUGACACUGGAGUGGCUCCUCGCCCUCGGGGACAAGCUGGGCAUGGUCCGCGUCCCCGGCAUCGGCCUCGUGUACACGGACCUGACGUCGGGCGUCCCGGCCAACUUCUCCCGGUUCGUGACCAACCUCCCGGCGUUCCACCAGGUGCUGGUGUUCGUGUGCGUCAAGUCGGUGCCGGUGCCGUACGUGUUCCCGGCGGAGCGGUACCUCAUCGGGCGCGUCGGCCCGCCGGGCCACCGCUCGUACCGGUGCAUCGUGCGCUACGGCUACCGCGACGUGCACCAGGACGUGGACUCGUUCGAGACGGAGCUCGUGGAGACCCUGGCCACGUUCAUAAAGCUGGACGCCUCGUACCGGUGCAGCGAGGCCAGCGAGCGGGAGCAGGAGCAGGAGCUGGAGCCCGGCGAGCGGGAGCGGCGGCUGACCGUGAUCGCGAGCCACCCGCUCAGGCACCGCGCCAGCUACGACCUCCAGGACAGCAUGCAGCACUCGGCAGCAUCCACGGUGGAGAUGCGCGCCACGGCCACCGCCGCCUCCGCUGACGACGACGACGACAGACGGAGCCCCGGGCGCGCGGAGAUCAGCUCGGCGGCAGCGGGGGCGAAGCAGGUGCGGUUCUUCAUCGACAGCCACGUGGCGAGCCCGGAGUUCGCGGAGAACAAGCAGGUGGCGGAGGAGCUGGAGGCGCUGGCGGCGGCCCGGGAGUGCGGCACGGCGUUCAUCCUGGGGCACUCGCACGUCCAGUGCAAGCCCGGGUCGUCGGUGCUCAAGCGGCUGGCGGUGGACGUCGGGUACAACUUCCUGCGGCGCAACUGCCGCGGCCCGGACGUUGCGCUGCGCGUGCCCCCGGCGUCGCUGCUGGAGGUCGGCAUGGUGUACGUGCUUUGAUGGAGGCUGGGAGCCUGAGAUGACGACACGGCUUGUUUUUUUUUUUGCUGGACAUGAACAUCUGAAGAUGAUACAGUAAACACGACUGUUUUCAGUUUUCCCUGUAACAUAAUGAGGCCUUCUUUGUAGUUUAACCUGUGUUCAUCUCGGUGUUGUAACGCACCAUGCGUGGAACGGAUCGGCUUGCACCUGGGCGGCUGUAUAUAUCUAUAUAUCUAUAUGUAUAUCGAGAGAGAAAUAGUAAUGCUGAA